CUCCGUUAUAAAUAGUAUAUGUAUUUGCAAGCGUCAGCACACAUCGGUGAUAAUUCUCAUCAUUAAUCCAAGAAAAUAAUAUUAGUUGAGAAGAGCAAAGAUGGGUCCUAAAAUAUUGGUUACUAUUCUCAUUAUUGUCUCUCUCUUUGGUCUCCACCAGUGUUAUGAUCCCGAACAUCCGAUUGGGCUAGAAAGAUGCUUCAAAAAGUUUGAGGGAAAGCCAUGGCAACUCGAGGUCUUGUGUUGUGUCAAAGAUCCUUCUAACUGCUUCCCUGGAUUCGAAACAGAAAAGUGUAUCAAAUGUCCGCCCCUACGCAAAGGUGACGCACCAUCCACUUCGCUUGGUGCAACACCUUCUCCUCUAUAAAUUAUAACUAGAUUUUGAUCCGCGCUUCGAAAGCGCGAAUUUUAUGGGUUAUAUACAAAGUUAAAUAUGAGAUAGUAUUUUGAGAAUAUUAUGUAUUAUUAUGUUAUAAAGUCGUAUUAUAUCGAAUACAAAAAUUUGUUUAAAAUUAUAUAACUUAUGAAUAAGUUUAUUUGAGAUUUUUAAUAUACACUCUUAUGUAACUCUUUCUUAAGUAUGAAAAUUUUACCCAAAUUUGAUAAACAAACCAAACCAAUACGAAAUACAGGUUGAGGUUCGGGAUUGGAGAAAAAUACUAUUAGAUUUUUUUGGACCUGCGGGUCUCUAUUGGACUCUGGAUACCCAAAGUACCCGGAAUGUUUUGUUCAUAUUAUGUAUAUUUGAGUAAUUCAUAUAUGUUCUCAGUAUAAAAAUAUUAUUGUAAAUUUUGGAUUCGCGUUUUUUGUUAUAGUUUCAGGUUUUGGGUAAAAUUUCAAAUUUUAAAAAUAUAUUUAAAAUAUUGGAUAUUUUUGGUUCUCGGAUAAGAUUUUAGUCUUUUAGAUACUUAGUUAUUUCUGGUAUUUGUUUGAUUUUGGGUAUUUUUGUGUUCUGAUUUUUUGGCUUUUCGGAUUCUUUAGAUCUUUUUGUCCUAAAUACUUUUAUCGAGCUAGACUUAUUACGUAGUCAAAUUACAUAGUAAAUUUUACAGAUACUUGAAUUAUUGACUCAAACUGACCUGAAACUAAAAGGAACUGAUAUAAACAAAAAAAAAAUUGAAAUACCUA